GAUAAGCGAACGGGUUUCAUCCUCGAAUGCAUGUGCAGUUUCAAAAGACAUUUCCGCUCGAGAAAGAGAGAAAGAUAAAGGAAGCCCGGUGUGAACGGAAGCGCCAGCUGGCUCGAUUAUUGCUUCCGAAAUGAUCUUUCGAAUUUAAUGUAGAUUCGAAGAGAACAGUGUUCGCUUGGUUUCGUCAUCGAUGCAUAAAAGUGACAAGAUAAUAUCGACCGAUAAUCACAAAUCCGAUAAUUGAAGAAAACUGUACAUACCAAUAUCAAGGGCUGCAAGUUCAUUACAGAUUUUAAAGAAAAUUUUAUGAAAUCAUCAAGUACAGGACGAAAGUGCAAUUAAAAAAAAAAAUAAAGAAAGUUGAGCCAAGCGAACGAGAAUGAUCUUCUUCGCGGGUGGUUAAGAACUCGAAAGAUUUUCAUGUAUUUUCUGAGGGUGCCCACGAAUCAUCGUGAGAACAGAGAUGUUUUGGAUCGAGACGGACGAGGAGGAGGAAGCGUUGCUAUGCAGCCCCGCUCUGAUGGCCAGGCGGGCCUCGGAGUCCUGGAUCGUAGCACCUCCUGUGGAGGUACUCAAUACGGCAAUGCCCCUUCAACGAAAGAAGUCACUGCCGGACGUGGCGCAGCCGAUCCACCUCACGGCAACCGCACCACUGUCGAGGGAAGAAGUCAGUAUUCUGAGUAGUAUGAGAAGAGAGGAGAUCCGCAGGCAAGUCGACGAGAGCGAGAGGCUUAGAGCAAACCCGCUUUUGUACCUGGUCAGUCCGCAGGUUAAAGACUGGUUCUCCCGCCAGCAGCUCGUGAUGCUGGUGCUCUUCAUCAACAUAUCCCUAGCUUUGAUGUUCUUCAAACUGCUGACGUAGCAGCCAGCCGACGAUCGGGUUCACGGACUCGUGAACGUGGACGUGACCUGAGACCCGGUGGCGCCGCGACGCUUUGAGUCGUCACCGAGCCAGAAUUUCGAAGGAAAACGGCAGUGUGGCCGCACCAAGAAUCGCCGGGAAUGGCUUUCACCAGCGAUUCAUUCAGUCUUACGCGCUGCGGGCGCUACGUUGAAAGAGGGAAUCUUUGGAUCGGGACCGACGAAAAGGGAACUCGAAGAGGAUCAAUCUCGGCGGAGAUUUUGUCGCGCGAAGGCGACCGUAGUCGAAUUUCGAGCGAUUGCGAAAAAUCUAAGUAGACGAGUAAAUAGAGGGAGCAGCAUUGAAACGAGAAAGUAUCUCCUAGGUAUUCUCGAGGGGAUUUAAAAUGGAUUUGCCUUUGAAUAUUGUAAAUUGAAAAGGACUUAAGCUUCAAAAAAAAAAAAAAAAGUGAGAAGGAA